AUGGAGAGGAAUCUCGUGGGAUAUAGGUUUAGUCCUACGGGAGAGGAAGUGAUCAACUAUUACCUCAAGAACAAGAUUCUUGAUAAACCAUGGCUCGUCAACGAAGCCAUUAACGAGAUCAACAUCUGUGCUCACGAUCCAAAGUUCUUGCCUGCGUUAUCGAAGCUGGAAUCGAAGGAUCUUGUAUGGUACUUCUUCACUCCCAGGGAGUACCACGCAUCUGAGAAGAAGAAGGGAACGAAGAGGACAACACCUUCUGGGUUCUGGAAAGCUACCGGCAAGGAUCGGAUAAUCAGGGACAAGAGAGGACACGGUGUUGAGAUCGGAAUCAAGAAGACGCUUGUGUACCAUCAUGGUAAAGCUGCUAAUGGAGUUGGGACUCCUUGGGUCAUGCACGAGUACCACACAACUUCCUUGCCUCUUAACCAGAGGAACUAUGUUAUCUGCCAAGUAAUGUACAAGGGUGCUGACGGAGACAGUUUGUACGGUAAUAACUCCAAUGCGUUAAGCCACUCCAUGGUCUCUGACUUGAAUACUGUCAGAGAGAUUAACACAGCUCCUCAGGUUGAGCAACCAAGGCAGGAUCUCUACUUGUCUGUGGAUGAUUUGGCAAACCCACUGAACGAGCAGGAUGAUCCCUCUCUAUUCAAUCCAGACACGCUUUUCAACGACAGCUACUGGGAAGAUGAAUAUAUUAAUGACCUGCUGGGUUUUAACGGAGGGAAUUAUGAUGAUGUGCUACGUGCUCCAGACAUCACAAUGCAAGAGGAUCGCAAUGAUCAUAGGCCAAAGAAAGCUUUGACAGGGAUCAUUGUUGAUUGCAGCAGUGACAGCGAUGCUGAAUCCAUAUCUGCAACGAGUUACCAAGAAACAUCAAGUCCAGAUAGCUUUCAUAGUUUGAGUGCACAAUUCCACACUAGUGGAGACGAGAUUCCAUCUUUGAGGAAAGACUCCUGCACAGAUAUAAAUCCUCAUGCAGAAACUUCUAUUAAUAGAAAGACCCGGAAAGCUCAUCUCACACGGCGCACGGUACCAUCAAAACAAGAGGUGAAUGAAGGAAAGUCUAAAGCCGUUAAUGCAUCCGUGGACAAGAAGAAGUCAUCAUCAUCUAUGGUGAAGACAGAGAAGAAGGGAUGGUUUAUUACCGAGGAAGCAAUGGACAGAAGAAACCGCAAGAAGCCACGUUAUAUCUAUCUCAUGAACAUGAUCAUAGGCUUGAUCCUCUUGGUGGCUGUCAUUGGCAACAUCACAUCUGUUUCACUAAGCGUCAAAACUUGAACCCGCUGAUGAAGAAGCCAAAGCAGAUGGAUCGAAGCACUCGUUUUUAACUGUU